CGUGGAAAGUUGGCUGUUGUGAUAUUUGGGGGAAAGGUCGCAGUCCUCAGGUUUUUAUACCAACCACAGACUGAAUCAGAGAGCCACAAGAAAACUGAAGUUUGAUCCUGGCAGUGGGCAUUUGAUUCAGCAUCAUGGCGCUUCUCAGAGGUGUAUUUGUUGUAGCUGCCAAGCGCACUCCGUUCGGUACAUAUGGUGGCGUGCUGAGGGAUCACAGUGCAACAGAUUUGGCUGAGCAUGCAGCCAAAGCUGCCCUUGCUGCAGGGGGCGUGGCACCAGAACUUAUAAACAGUGUCAUCAUGGGAAAUGUUAUGCAGAGCUCAGCUGAUGCACCCUACAUUGCUCGUCAUGUGGGUCUGAGGUGUGGCGUUCCCAUCCCAGUUCCUGCUCUCACCGUGAACAGACUGUGUGGAUCUGGUUUCCAGUCCAUCAUCAAUGGUGCUCAAGAGAUCUGCCUCAGAGAAUCGGAGGUAGUCCUGUGUGGAGGUUCGGAGAGUAUGAGCCAGGCCCCGUAUGCUGUUCGCAACAUACGAUUUGGUACAAAGUUUGGAGUCGAUCUCAAGCUAGAGGACACCUUGUGGGCUGGUCUGACUGACCUGCAUGUCAAAAUCCCAAUGGGCAUCACAGCAGAAAACCUGGCAGAGAAGUACCAGAUCACACGAGAAGAGGUUGAUAAAUACGCAUAUCAGACACAACAAAGGUGGAAGGCAGCUCACGAAGCUGGUUACUACACAGCAGAAAUCGCUCCCAUUGAUGUGAAAGCUAAAAAGGGCAAAGUGUCCAUGACUCAGGAUGAACACCCUCGUCCACAGACAACACUGGAGCAGAUGGCCAAACUGCCUCCUGUCUUCAAGAAGGGAGGGACUGUUACUGCUGCCAACGCUUCGGGUGUAUCUGAUGGUGCUGCUGCUGUGGUGAUUGCAAGUGAAGAUGCGCUGACUGAACACAAACUCACUCCACUAGCCAGAAUUGUGUCCUAUCAUGUGUCUGGCUGUGACCCGAGCAUCAUGGGAAUCGGUCCCGUUCCAGCAAUCACAGAGGCUCUUAAAAAAGCCGGUCUGACUCUGAACGACAUGGAUCUCGUGGAGGUGAACGAGGCUUUUGCCCCUCAGUACCUGGCUGUAGCUAAGGCUCUUGGCCUGGAUCCAGAGAAGAGCAACGUUAACGGUGGAGCUAUUGCCAUCGGACAUCCUCUCGGUGCCUCUGGUGCACGAAUCACCGCCCACCUGGUUCAUGAGCUCAGGCGACGAGGAGGCAAGUACGCUGUUGGCUCUGCCUGCAUUGGUGGUGGUCAGGGCAUCGCCAUCAUCCUUGAAAAGUGCUAACUGAAAAAACUGCCAGUGUUACCACCGGUCAUAAAAUGAAACAAAGGUCACACGUGCUAAAAUCGUUUCUUUUUCUGGUAAAACCUUUCAUGUUAAAUAAAACAGCAAAUGUUCUCUUAACACAAGGCUGUGUCCCGGCACACAAAGAAAACUCAACAUCCAUUAUUGCUGCUCACUCUUGUUACUUCUUUCAGUCUAUUUAUUCAAAAAUGUACAAUAAAUGUUUGAUUCCAGUGUUGCCUUCGAAGCCCUGUGAGAAUAAAGAGUGAAUUCAUGUUUCUGUGCUCGUUGCAACAUACUGUGAAUGUGCCUGAGAUACAGAGCAGGGCCUUGGUCACAUUAACACGUGUAGCAUAUCAUGAACUCAUAAAGUACAGUAUUUAUAGGGUCAUAGUAAUGUUUAAAGGGACUCUGAACUCCAAUGUUUGCCUUUAAAAUGUUCACUCCAUUAUCAGGAAUCAACAUUUGCAAAAAAUAUUUCUGACCUGUGAUGGCCUCUGCAAAACUGAUUUUGUAUUUCAUUGUCAAAGAAGCUCAAUAAAUUGAUUUUAAAAAAGUGAA